AUGGGAUUCAUCUCCCGCAUUAUCACACUCUUCGGCCUCGUCCUGCUCGCCCAUGCAGGCUACUCCGCCCACGAACACACCAUCCUGUAUAGCAACACCGCCAGCACAGCAAGCGGCGGCACCACCGCCCUCCCGCUCGACAUCGUCAUCGAAGCCCUCGUUUCACUAGUCCUCGUUUCGGCGGGACUUGUCCUCGGCGCAGAAAAGCUCAAGCCGAUUAGUUGGAGUGAAUGGGCGGGUCAGAUUGAGCGCGAGGGUGGUGGAAGGAAUCCGUAUCGGAGGUUGGAGGAACGGUAUGGGUUUUGGGAUGUUAGGGCGAAGAGAAAGGAGUUUGCGGAUUGGAUGAAGGGGGAGGUUCCUGUUCCUGGUAAGGAAUGA